AUGGAGGAGGGAAUGAAUGCUCUGCAUGAUUUUGGGAUCCAGUCAAUCCGCUACCUCCAGGUGAAUUACCAGAACUCCCAGGAUUGGUUCAUCUUGGUGUCCGUGAUUGCAGACCUCAGGAAUGCCUUUUAUGUCCUCUUCCCCAUCUGGUUCCAUCUUCGAGAAGCUGUGGGCAUCAAACUCCUCUGGGUAGCUGUGAUUGGAGAUUGGCUCAACCUCGUCUUUAAGUGGAUUCUCUUUGGACAGCGCCCAUACUGGUGGGUCCUGGACACCGACUACUACAGCAACACCUCCGUGCCGCUGAUAAAGCAGUUCCCGGUCACAUGUGAGACUGGCCCAGGGAGUCCCUCUGGCCAUGCCAUGGGUACGGCAGGUGUAUACUAUGUGAUGGUCACAUCCACCCUCUCUAUCUUUCGGGGAAAGAAAAAGCCAACCUACAGAUUUCGGUGCUUGAACAUCAUUUUGUGGUUGGGAUUCUGGGCAGUGCAGCUGAAUGUCUGUCUUUCACGAAUCUACCUUGCUGCUCAUUUUCCCCAUCAAGUUGUUGCUGGAGUCUUGUCAGGCAUUGCGGUUGCUGAGACUUUCCGCCACAUCCGGAGCAUCUACAACGCCAGCCUCAAGAAAUAUUUUCUCAUUACCUUCUUCCUGUUCAGUUUUGCCAUCGGAUUUUACCUGCUGCUAAAGGGGCUGGGGGUCGACCUCCUGUGGACCCUAGAGAAAGCCAAGCGAAGGUGUGAGCGGCCAGAAUGGGUCCACAUUGACACUACGCCCUUUGCCAGCCUCCUCAAGAACCUGGGGACACUCUUUGGCCUGGGCCUGGCUCUCAACUCCAGCAUGUACAGGGAGAGCUGCAAAGGCAAGCUUAGCAAGUGGUUCCCGUUCCGCCUCAGCUGCAUUGUGGCCUCCCUCGUCCUCCUGCAUCUCUUUGACUCUUUGAAACCCCCAUCCCAAAUCGAGCUGAUCUUCUAUGUCCUGUCCUUCUGCAAGAGUGCGGCAGUGCCCCUGGCAUCUGUCAGUCUCAUCCCCUACUGCCUGGCCCAGGUCCUGGGCCAGCCGAACAAGAAGACUUUGUAA